UCAUAUCUUCUCUGUUUUGUCUCAUUGUCUUUGUCUUGCACAGACUCACCCACUGGAGGAGUUUCCUCUGUUGGGUUCGUCAAAACUCAAAAAAAAGAAGAGCUUCAUUCUUUGGUCUCCGGGUUGUGCGUAAACACUGUUUUUGAUUCAUGGGUUUGUGAGGUUUUGGUGUUUCCGAGAUUGAGUUGAGAGUUUGGUGACUAAGGAAUGGCUGCUGCGGUUAUGAGAAAGCUGAGUCGUGCUGUUGUGGGUUCUAAAGGUGAUGGUUUUGAUUUGGAGAGUUACGCAGAUUUGAGCGCGGAGUUGGAGUACUCAUUCGCGGUGGAGUAUCAUGGUCCUCCGGUGGGUUAUGAUAUCCCACGUGCUUUUCCGAUCGACGUUGAUCGAAUCCCGACUGCUGCUCCGGUUUCUUCAGCGUCUCUGUUGCAUAAUCUGUCACUCCCGAUCAUCCAGCCCAUUGCGAAAUCCAAUCAGAAAGGCAAAACAGAGUCUAAGGUUGGGGUUGGGGACGAAAGAGAGGUGAUUGUUGGUUCCAAUGGAGAGAAGGGUGUGCGUGAUGAAGCUGGAAGCUCUGGUGAGUUGGGUUGUGGAAGUUCAGAGGGUGAGCUGGAGUUGGCUGGAGAUGGUGGAGAAGGUGAUUGGGCAACAGAGUCUGGUUUGAGCUCGGCUAGUGUUUCCUCUGAGGUUUUCUCUGGCAGAGAGGAAGGUGGUGUGGAGGAGGAACACGAGAUUGUUCCUCACCAUGUGAAAAGGCCAUCAAUUGUGACUUUUCGUGAUCCGGAUUCGAAUGAUGUGGUUGUGGAGGUGGUGGAGUUCAAUUCCUUUGAUGGGGAGGAGGAGAGUGUGGAAAUGAGGCCGAGGGUGGAGAGGAAAGGGAAGAAGGGAUCGUGUUAUCGGUGUGGGAGAGGGAACAAGUUCACUGAGAAGGAGGUGUGUAUUGUUUGUGAUGCAAAGUAUUGCUGUGAUUGUGUGCUGAGGGCAAUGGGGGCAAUGCCAGAAGGAAGGAAAUGUAUUACUUGCACUCAUUUCGGGAUUGAUGAGUUGAGGCGAGGGAGUUUAGGCAAGUGUUCUAGGAUGCUCAGGCGGCUUCUAGGUAAGGAGCUAACUGAAGCGGUCAUGAAAGCUGAGAUAUCAUGCCAGGCAAAUCAACUUCCAGGCAAUCUUGUUUUCGUGAAUGACGAGCCUCUUACACAAGAAGAGCUAUCUAGAUUGCAAGGUUGUACAAACCCUCCAAAAGGGCUAAAACCAGGAUCUUAUUGGUAUGAUAAUGUAUCUGGUUUUUGGGGGAAGGUUGGGCAAAGGCCUUGCCAAGUUAUAAGCCCCCAGCUGAAUGUUGGGGGUCCUCUAAAGCUAAAUGCUAGUAAUGGGGACACACAAAUAACGAUAAACAGUCGAAGGAUAGCCAAAUUAGAGGUCUUCAUGCUGCAGAUGGCAGGAGUGCCAUGUGAAGGGAAUCUUAACUACUGGGUGAGUGCAGACGGAUCCUAUCAGGAAGAAGGAAUGAAUAAUGUAAAGGGAAAGAUAUGGGACAGGAAAAUAAAGCUACUUUGUACUAUAUUGUCUUUGCCAAUUCCUACUGAAUCUACAAAUCCUCCUGCUGCGGAAGAAGAGAGAAACUAUAUUGAAGAGAAACUGCUCAACAAACUUAUUUUAGUUGGGCAUCAUAAAUCUGGCUCAAGCACUAUAUUUAAACAGGCAAAGUUUUUGUAUAAUGUUCCGUUUUCUGAAGAUGAGAGCCAAAAUAUUAAGUUCAUGAUCCAAAGCAAAUUGUACCGUUAUCUUGGUAUACUGCUUGAGGGACGUGAAUGGUUUGAAGAAGAAAGUUUAUCGGUUGCAAACAGAAAAGGAGAUCUUCAAGAUGAACCUGGUCCUUCAGGAAUUACAAGCCAGCGGGACAGUAAAACAACAUAUGCCAUUGGCCCAAGAUUGAAAUCUUUUGCAGAUUGGCUACUAAAAAGUAUGAUAUCAGGUACUUUGGAAGCCAUAUUUCCUGCUGCUACUCGUGAAUAUGCACCGUUUGUUGAGGAGUUGUGGAAGGAUCCAGCUAUUCAAUCCACAUACAACCGGAGGGAUGAAUUGGAAAUGCUACCCAGACAAGCUACUUAUUUUCUUAAUCGGGCUGUUGAAAUUUCAAGGAGCGAUUAUGAGCCCACAGACAUGGACAUCAUAUACGCUGAGGGAAUUACCACAUCCAAUAGCCUUAAUACCAUGGAAUUUUCAUUUACUAGAUCAUCUGAACGCAAUGAUCUGGCUUCUAUCUAUCAGCAUAAUCCUUUGAAAAGGUAUCAACUCAUUAGAGUGCAUAGUCUUGGAGGAAACUGCAAGUUGCUGGAGAUGUUUGAAGACAUUGAUAUGGUCGUAUUUUGUGUUGCAUUGACAGACUACUAUGAAAUUUGUGAAGAUGCCAAUGGGGUACCCAUAAACAAGAUGAUGGCAAGUAAGCAGCUGUUUGAAAGCAUUGUAACUCAUCCAGCGUUUGAUCAGAAACACUUCCUUCUGAUACUCAACAAGUUUGAUCUGCUCGAAGAGAAGAUUGAGCAAGUCCCUCUCACUCGAUGCGAAUGGUUUCAUGACUUCAAUCCAGCAACCAGUCAUAAUCCAGGCAGUAGUAAUAAUAACACCAAUAACCCUACGUUGGCUCACCGAGCCUUUCAGUAUAUUGCAAUGAAGUUCAAAAGACUAUUUCAUGGUCAAACAGACAGAAAGUUAUUUGUCUCCCUAGUUACUGCAUUAGAGCCUGACACAGUAGAUGAAGCUCUGAGAUAUGCUAGUGAGAUUCUUAGAUGCGAAGAAGAGCUACCCAAAUUAAUUAAUGAGUUCUCUUCGGCCAGCAUAGAAGCCAGUUCUACAGCUUAAAUCUCUGAGCAGAAAAUUGGCUUCUUAGUUCUUACAGUUGGUGCAAAUUGUUUAAAUGUGUGCAUGUAUACAGGCAUAUAAGAAGAAUAGAGGCCAGAUAUUUUUUUUUU